GUCAGCUGACCGUCGGCAGGUCUGCUGACUGUCAAGCGGCUUCGGAGCUCCUCGGCGGACUCGUCGCCGUCCUUCCCCGGGCGCUCGGCUCGUCAAGCUGGAUCUCCGACACUGAGCGGAAACUGGAUUUCUAGACUGGAUCUCUCGGCCGGACCUUUGGCCUCCUCCAGCCGAGCUCGGCGCACCUCGCCCGGCGCGCCUCGGAGCGCCAUGGCCCUGGCGGAGGUCGCCAUGCAGGGCCUGGCCGUGUUCGGCUUGCUGCUGUUCGCGGUGCUGUGGCUUAUGCACUUCAUGUCCAUCAUUUACGUGCGCCUGCAUCUGCACAAGAAAAGGUCGGAGGUCAAGCAGCCGGCCGGCGUGUCUCUGCUGAAGCCGCUGAAGGGCGUCGACCCCAACCUCGUCGCCAACCUGGAGACCUUCUUCACCAUGGACUACCCCAAGUACGAGGUGCUGCUGUGCGUUCAGGACCAGGACGACCCGGCGGUGGACGUUUGUAAGAAACUCUUGGGGAAGUACCCCGGCGUGGACGCGCGCCUCUUCAUCGGGGGCAAGAAGGUGGGCAUCAACCCCAAGAUAAACAACCUGAUGCCAGGCUACGAGGGCGCCAAGUACGGCCUGGUGUGGAUCUGCGACAGCGGCAUCCGAGUGAAAGCGGACACGCUGACAGAUCUGACCAAUCAGAUGACAGAAAAGGUCGGCCUGGUGCACGGCCUGCCGUACGUCGCCGACCGCCAGGGCUUCGCCGCUACGCUGGAGCAGGUCUACUUCGGGACGUCGCACCCGCGCUCGUACAUUUCGGCCAACGUGAUGGGCAUCAAGUGCGUGACGGGAAUGUCGUGUUUGAUGCGAAAGGACGUCCUGGACCAGGCGGGGGGCCUGGUGGCCUUCGCGCAGUACAUCGCCGAAGAUUACUUCAUGGCCAAAGCCAUCGCCGACAGAGGCUGGAAGUUCUCCAUGGCGACGCAGGUGGCCUUGCAGAAUUCGGGCUCCUACUCCAUUGGCCAGUUCCAGUCCCGCUUGAUCAGGUGGACCAAGCUGCGCAUCAACAUGCUUCCCGGCACCGUGCUGGAGCCCGUGUCCGAGUGCUUCCUGGCCAGCCUCAUCAUCGGCUGGGCCGCGCAUCACGUCUUCAGGUGGGACAUGAUGGUGUUCUUCAUGUGUCAUUGUUUGGCGUGGUUCAUCGCCGACUACGUUCAACUCACCGGAGUGCAGGGCGGGCCGCCGAGCUUCUCCAAGCUGGACUUCGCCGUGGCGUGGUUCAUCCGCGAGUCCAUGGCGGUGCAGAUCUUCCUCUCGGCGCUGUGGGAUCCCACCAUCAGCUGGCGGACCGGCCGGUACCGGCUCCGAUGCGGCGGCACCGCCGAGGAGAUCCUGGACGUGUAGUCGCCGCCGCCGCGACGACGCAGACCGAAGUAUAUUUUUUACGACUAUUUAUGUUCAUUUUGGUGCUAAUGUUAGCGAGGCCACGGCGGGCCAACGGAAGAAGAGACAGCGGAGCUCCCGGUUUUCGUGGAAACCAUCAACAAUGUAAAGGUGAUGCGGGAUGACACCGCCGAAGCGGUCCAAUCGGGAAGGGAGCGCUGUCAGCCAUCGUAGUUUUUCUUUUUUGUUUUUUUCUUGUCACUAAAAUAUUCCGACGACGUCAAACAGUGUUAUGAGCGUGCACGUUUUCUUCUUGUCUUAUGUCGCAACAUUUCAUGUCAACUAACAAGUUGUGCGCGCGUGUCCGGCAUUUCCCUCUACACUAUCACUUUAGCAUUAGCUCUUAGCGUAGCAUAGCCAGCGGGGCUUCGCUUGAUGACAUCAUCGCUCAUGGUGUCGGAUGAACCUGCGAGGCUAACGUCCAAUCAGAUGUCGUUGUUGUUGUGUACGUGACACAACCGAUGGAUCGAUCAGAGCGCCGCAUUUUGUCCCCACAAGAACAAUAAAGUUUUAUCUUUUGAAAGGACCUCCACUUGACUGUGUGUUGACACAAGACCAGCUGUCCAUUUUUGCAGCCCUCGUGACCGACGGCAGUGACCCGGCAUUGACGCCCGCAUUCACACCAAAGGACAAUUUAGAGCAGGUGCAAGUACCGCAGGCGCUAUGUGGGGGCCCUCUCGUCUUUGUUUUGAAAUAUUUAAGCACAAUUUCUUUUUAACCUUUUUCUGCCAUACAUUUUAAUUGAAGUAUUUUAAGUAAAAAAAAUGUGGGUGUUAUGUGAAAACA